AUGCAACGAUCUGUCUUUCGAUUAACCCGCCGAGUGGCUACCCACCGAGCCUUGGGGGCAGGCGGAAGGCAAUGGCCAAGGACGACAUCGCUCCAGAGUACGUCUACUAGUACUAUUGGUCCGCUGGUGUGGAAUCAGACGCCUUCUCGAAGCAAGAGUACUGCGGCGUCUGCAACCUAUGAUCAGUCCGUCGACUCCUUCCCUUCCAUUGUGAUUGGUCCCAAUGGCUCCAUCAUUCCCCAAGGCUCCUUUGCGGAGGCUCAAGCGGAGUACCUGGACCCGGAUCCAGAAGCUGUUGCCUCUUUGAGUGAAUCAUUGCUCAAAACGAACAUGGGUAUCGUAGCUCAUUACUACAUGGACGUCGAACUGCAGGGUGUCUUGCAAGCCGUCAAAAACUCCGCCAAUGGACAGUUGCUAAAUCGUGUUGGAAUUGCCGACUCUCUGAAAAUGGGAGACUUGGCGGUAGAAAUGUGUAUCAACGAUGGCGUAGAAGCCAUUGCUUGCCUGGGAGUCGAUUUUAUGGCCGAGAGUUGUUCCGCCAUUCUGGAAAAGAACGGGUUUGGUCAUAUCCCCGUCUACAGAGCCACCUCCAAAGCUAUUGGAUGCAGUUUGGCAGAAUCGGCUGAACGAGAAUCUUACCGAGCAUGGUUGCAAAGUGCUCCCGAAAAGUCGCUCCAUGUGGUCUACAUCAACACCAGCUUGGAAACCAAAGCUGUCAGUUCUUCAUUGGUACCAACCAUUACCUGUACAUCUAGCAAUGUACUGCAGACUAUUUUGCAAGCCUCCGCACAAAUGGGAGAUGAGCUGACAAUUCUAUAUGGACCUGACACGUACAUGGGAGAUAAUUUGGUCACGCUGUUAGAUGCCAUUGUGGCAGAUCCAUCAUGGGACGAUGCUCGCGUUCAAAAGGAUCUGCAUCCGGAACAUACCAAAGUCAGCUUGCAAAAACUCCGAGAUAGCAUUGAUGUGUAUCCAAGUGGGAAUUGCGUUGUACAUCACAUGUUUGGCGGCCAGGUGGUGGACACCGUGAAGAGAGAUUACGACGAUUGCUACGUCACUGCACAUUUGGAAGUACCCGGGGAAAUGUUCGAGAUUGCCAUGCAAAAGAGCCUACAUGGAGGCGGUGUGGUAGGAUCCACUUCUGACAUUUUGCGGUUCAUUACAGAAAAAGUUCAAGAACGAGCAUCAUCGUCAUCGCAAUCCGCAGCAGACAAUCGACUAAGAUUUAUUCUGGGAACCGAAGCAGGCAUGGUGACCUCCAUUGUCAAGAACGUGCAAGAAAUCUUGCGUACGACAGGAAGUCAAUCCGUAGAGGCGGAGAUCGUCUUUCCUGUCAGCCAAGAGGCCGUCAUGGAAGGUGGGGAUGAGAGCAUGCCACUAGUACCUGGCGUGGCUGGAGGAGAGGGUUGCUCCACUGCCGGUGGAUGUGCCACGUGUCCGUUUAUGAAAAUGAACGAUUUGGAUGCGAUACAAGAUAUCCUGGAUCGAAAGGAGAGAGCACAGAAUGGUUCUGAACAGGAUGAAGCCCAAUUGAUAACGCAACUCCCACCGCAGCGAUUGAAGGGGAAGAUGUUGAACGGUGUAAAAGCCUCAGACAUGGGUUCAGAGCCAAUUCUGUACAUGAGAGAAAUGAUGGCUACAAAGAAAAUUCCGCAUGAAUUGGUACAAAAGGUGUUUGAUCGAAAGCGAUAG